UUAUGACAACUCUAUAUUUUUGAUUGUAGAUCGGUAAUCAUUCGAUAGAUGUAGAAUAUAUACGUUUAUUACACGAUGUCUAUGCAGACAAUAUAGAUGACCAUUUAUGGAGAGGAUAUACUAUACUAAAUGGUCUGCAACAAGAUUCAAUUCAGGAAAUACAAAAAUUGAAGAAAGUGAAACAGCCUGUUUGGUUUAUAUUUUCUUCCCUAGGCACGCAAUGGUCCGGAAUGGGUCAAAAUUUAUUGAAAUAUCAUGUCUUUGCAAAUGCGAUACAAACGUGCGAUACAAUUUUAAAACCGUAUGAUAUAAGUAUAACGGAUAUUUUGACAAAAGAAGAUGAAAACAUUUACAAAAAUGAGUUACAUGCAUUUGUUGGGAUCGUCGCAGUUCAGAUUGGAUUAGUGGACCUCUUAACAUCUUUAGGAAUUACUGCAGAUUACAUGAUUGGUCAUUCCGCUGGUGAACUCGGUUGCGCGUACGCAGAUAAAUGCCUCACCGUUGAACAAACUAUUUUAUCAGCAUACUUUAUUGGCGUGAUGUGUGCCAACAAAAAAAUAAUUCGUCACUCUAUGGCAAUUAUUUCUCUUGAUUAUGAAUAUCUUAAAAAUAUGUGUCCAACAAAUAUUCAAAUAAUAUGCCGCAAUAAUCGAUACAAUAACAUUGUGAGCGGAUCUACCGAAUCCAUUCAAGAAUUUAUAACAAAAUUACAGAUUUACGUAAAAGAAAUUUGUUGUAACAUACCAUAUCAUAGUUAUUACAUUUCUUCCGUGAAAACUCAGCUUUUGCUUAAGUUGAACGAAAUAAUACCACAGCAAAAACGAAGUUCAAAAUGGAUCAGUACAUCCAUACCUCUUUUCAAAUGGUCCACUUCAGUAUCAAAGUUAUCAUCGGCGGAAUAUCAUACAAAUAGCAUAAUGAAUACUGUUCUCUUUGAACAAGCCACGCAUUUAAUUCAAAAUAAUGCUAUAACUAUCGAAAUCGCACCUGACAGCAUUCUGCAGGACAUUUUAAAUAAAUCUUUGCAUCCAGAAAUAACAAAUAUCAUAUUAACACAACGCAGUAAACAAAAUACAGAUGUAAUUAUACAAGGAAUUGGCAAACUUUACAAUUGCGGCUUGCAGCCACAAGUUGCCAAUUUAUAUCCGCAAGUACAUUUUCCAGUUAGCCGAGGAACACCUAUGAUUUCUCCAUCGAUCAGAUGGGAUCAUACAGAAGAUUGGUUUGUACCGACCUAUGGAAUACAGAAACACAUAAAAUCUAGAGAACGAUAUAUCAAAAUUGCUCUCAGCAAUGAAAAUUACGAGUAUAUGGCUGAUUAUAUAAUUGAUGGAAGAAUUUUGCUACCCAUGACAUCUUAUCUUGCAUUUGUAUGGCAAACUAUAGGCAUGAUUAAACGGGAAAUAUAUACAAAUAUACCAAUAAUAUUCCAAGAUGUAAACUAUACUCGUGCAAUUCAAUUAUCGAAAGAUGAUACUAUACGUCUAAAAAUUGCAAUACAAAAAGAUGGAAAGUUCGAAGUGACGGAAGAAGAUAGCAUUGUGAUGACAGGUACAGUGUACGAGACAUCGAAUCCAGAACAAGAAAUGAUCUCGGCAGAUUUAUUACCUAAGAACAAUGAUGAAGAAGAAUAUAUGACUACAUCAGAUAUCUACAAAGAAUUGAAGCUACGCGGUUAUCAAUACAGCGGCUUGUUUUGUGGAUUAAAAAGCAUGUCUAUUUUAGGCAAUAAAGGGCAUGUUGCUUGGGCAGAAAAUUGGGUAACAUUCAUGGAUACCAUGCUACAGAUGCAGAUUAUUAGACACGAUACGAGAGACUUGUAUGUUCCGACAAGUUUUCAAAAAUUAGUAAUUAAUCCUGUACUUCACAUGAAGAAACUGCAAGAAAUAACAACAGAAAAGGAUAAACAAUUGCCAAUACAAUUGUACAAAGAAAUAGACACGAUUAUAUCUGGUGGAAUAGAGGUUCGAGGUUUUAAAACUACUCAGAUUUUUCGUCAAAAAUUAACUCAAGAUCCUAUUAUUGAAGAAUACAUAUUUGUAGCUCAUCAUGAUUAUGCUAAGAUGUCGUUAAACGAAAUAAUACGAAUAUGCGCACAAUUAGCGUUUGACAGUCAUCAAAUCAUUAAAGCAAAUAUCAUCGAGCUUGUGGAAGAUAUCGAUAAUGUCGUAAUAGAAGAUCUUUUGUUAUUAUCGUUAAUUGAAGCUUUUGCUGAUAUGCCCUUGAUACAAGCAAAUAUCAAUUUAUUAACAUCGCCAAAUCGCUUCAAUCCAGCAAAUCUACCGCCAAAUAUUUUAAUAAGAGAUUUAGCAAAACCAUCUAUAAAUGAUAAAGUUUUAAUAGUUUGCGGAUUUAAUCUUUUGUUAAAACAGCAAACUUUAGAAAAACGAGUUUUGCCAUUUUUGAAAGAAGAUGGUUAUAUUUUAACGCGUCAAAAUUGCAAUUCAAUUGAUUUUGAUGAAUAUUUACAGCAAUAUAAAUUAAAUGUUAUUUUAGAAAAACGCACUGAUAAAGAAACAAUAGUACUUUUGAAAAGAAAAGUUUUUAUAGAAAAAACAAUUGCGGUCUAUAUAAGUAAUCAUAAUUUUAAUUGGCUGGAGGAUUUAAAACUACUUCUGAGCGAUGAGAAUAAAAUUAAAAACAAUAGUAGAAUUAUAAUUGUAGGAGAAAGAGAUUUUGAAUGCGGUUUGUUGGGUUUUAUCAAUUGUUUGAAAAAAGAGCCUGGUGGUGAACUUGUUAGAGGUGUGCUCAUUCAAGAUGAAAAAGCGCCUAAGUUUCAUUACAAAUCCUUUUAUAUACAACAAUUACAAAAAGAUAUGAUUAUUAAUGUAUUACGAUCGAAUAAGACCUGGGGAUCUUACAGACAUUUACGACUAUCAAAGCCAAAACCAGAAUUAGUACCCACCGCUCAUGUUUGUCAAAUAAUUCGUGGUGACUUAAGUACAUUUCGUUGGAUAGAGAAUAAUCGAUCCAUAGAAUCUCGACGUGAAGAUUUGAUACGUGUGAUCUAUUCAUCUCUCAACUUUAAAGAUUUGAUGUUAGUUACUGGUAAAUUAGGAUCUAAUCACGCUAUGAUGCAAGGGCGAUUAUUUCAACAUAUUCCUCUUGGAAUGGAAUAUGUGGGAUUUGAUGCCGACGGGCAACGCGUAAUGGGACUUCGUGAUACUGAUUGCAUAGCAAAUGUAGUUGAUAAGGAUAAAGAUUUCUGUUGGAAAAUACCUGAUACGUGGGUAUUUGAGGAGGCGGCAACAAUCCCAUACGUUUACAGCAUGGCUUACUAUGCUUUAUACAUUUGUGGGAAAAUAAAGAAAAGCGAUAAAAUACUUAUACAUUCAGGUACCGACAGUGUUGGACAAGCAGCGAUUCAUCUCGCUCUCCAUGAAGGAUGUGACAUAUUUACUACCGCAGACACGCGCAAGAAGCGAGAUCUUAUUAAAAAAUUAUUUCCAACUAUUCUCGAUGAACACAUUGGAAAUUCUCGAGACACGAGUUUCGAACAAAUGAUAAUGCAGCAAACGCACGGUCGAGGAGUUGACAUCGUGUUAAAUUCGUUAGCGGAAGAAAAACUAAUCACAUCUAUUUCCUGUCUGGCGCAAAACGGUCGUUUUUUGGAAAUUGGCAGGGUCAAUAUGGUUUCUAAUAAUCCAUUAGAAAUGUCCGUAUUUCAGAAAGGUAUUAGUUUCUAUGGCAUCUUGCUUGAUAAUAUCUUUAAUAGCAAUCGCAGGCGUAAAGCUUUAUUAUCUAACAUGGUGGCUAAUGGUCUUAAAAAUGGAGCCAUCAAACCAAUUCAAGCAAAGAUUUUCCCGAAAUCGGAGAUUGAAGCAGCUUUUAAAUACAUGACGAGUGAAAAACAUGUGGAAAAGAUAAUUAUAAGCAUCCAAGAAGAAGCUGAACCAUUAGAUAAGCUCAUUGUUGCAUAUCGUCGCUACUAUUGUGUUAGAGACAAGAGUUACAUUAUACUAGGAGGUCUAGGUGGAUUCGGUUUGGAGUUGGCCGACUGGCUGGUAUUUCGAGGCGCCAGAAACAUUGUACUUAUUUCGCGAACUGGAAUAAGAAAUGGUUACCAGCGCAUGAAAAUAAGAUUAUGGAAAUCGUACGGGGUAAACGUACAAAUCAUUAAAAAUAUCGAUGUUAACAACCACAAGGAUUGCGAACAUCUCUUAAAAACUGUGGAAAGACAGGCAUCAGUAGACGCAAUAUUUAAUCUCGGUGUGGCACUAAAAGACAGCAUUCUAAAAAAUCAAACCGCGGAAACUUUUACGGAAUCUUUCCUACCAAAAGUCCGGGCAACGCAAAUGUUGGACAAACUUUCUAGAAAAAUUUGUCUUAAAUUGCGACACUUCGUGGUUUUCUCUUCAACUACCUGCGGCAGAGGAUACGCUGGACAGACUAAUUACGGCAUGGCGAAUUCCGUCAUGGAGAGAAUAUGCGAGAAAAGAGUGCAAGAAAGAUUACCGGGACUGGCAAUUCAAUGGGGUCUUGUGGGUGAUAUCGGUAUCGUUGCCAACAUGCAGAAAAACAAUAAAGAAUUGAUUAUGGAGGGUUUGUUGCAACAAAAGAUAUUGUGCUGCCUUGACGAACUUGAAAAAUUUUUACUUCAGAGCCGCCCAAUUGUAUGCAGUAUGCUCGUAGCUGAAAAGAAAGUCAAAUCUUCCAAAUUUAACAAUUUGGUGGACAAUGUUGCCAAUAUAUUAGAUAUAAAAGACAUGAAAGUUGUAAGUCCAUAUGCAUCUUUGGCCGAACUUGGAAUGGACUCUUUAAUAUUUGUAAAAAUCAAGCAAACUCUGGAACGAGAAUUUGACAUCUUUCUUACUGACAAAGAGAUACGACAUUUAACUUUCGCAAAGUUGAACGAUAUGGUAAUUAUCUCGAGUAUGGUAGUUAUCUCGGUUUAA